AUGAAUGCGAUAAGAAAGCCAAGCUGCGCAGUACCAGAGUGCGUUAAGAAGUUUAUUGAUGUGCAACGACAUUUUUUUAAAUUUCCAAAGAAACAAGACAGAUGGUUGCAAUGGGUACGAGCAUGUGGAAGGCUGGAUCUAGAACCUAGAGGUCCAGAAUAUGCCCACCAGAAUUGUCGUUUGUGCCAUUUGCAUUUUGAAAACAAAUGGUACAAAAUUAAUAAAGUUAGGGCUCGUCUUCACCCAGAUGCUGUACCCACCAUAUUUUUUGGACCAGGUUUUCAACAACAGGACAACACAGCACCCGAACAAACAACACAACAAAAUGAGGAAAAUGUGGUUAAAGAGAAAGUAGAUAG